CCUGAACUUGGAACGACGGCAAAGUGUCUCAGGUGCUACGAGUACGUGUGCACCGUGAUUGUGACUACUAACGGUCGUGCUUCGAUGAAUCGGUCUCCUCCGAUGAUAGUAGCCAACCAAUCCCGUUAUCCAUUGUUAACAGAUUCGUUUCAUAGCCAAGUACAGGGUUGUUCAUAAGCAUUCAGCUCGACCUGCUGACUGGCUGAGUUCGUACGCAAAUAACGGAGUACCCCGGUGCACUUGGAAUGCAAUUGUUUGAAAAUUAGAAACAUUAGUUCAGUCAUUGAAAGCUUAGAAAUCCAAAUUCAAAUUCAGGAACUUCAAAAUUCAAUUCUAUAGAUGGAAUACAUCUAAUUUUCAAAAUGGGUGCCAGCAUCUUUGACCCAGUUUCUUUGAUUUAAUUGAAGGCAACGUCUAUCUUUAAAACAACACGAUUUGCAUUUUAUAACUAACCACAUCCUCUGAUUACCGGGGAAAUAUAUUAGAGCUACUUUUGAUUAUGGUUCAGUCGAGAGCAAAGAAGAGAAGACGCAGCACAGUAGCUUCGAAAUAGUAACUUUUACCAAAAUGAGCAUCUAUGAAAAUGAUUUCAUUCGAUUGAUAUCCUGUAUCGGAAACGACGACGUGGAAUCGGCGAUACGUAUAUUCACCGAAAAAUUUGAUAAACGAUUUCUACAACCUAUCGGGAUUCUUCGAGUGACCGCGGUUCAAUUGGCUGCCUGGCAGGGUAGAAUAGAAUUGUUGGAUCUAUUCUACAAACAUGGCGCUAAUAUUAAUGCCGUGGACAAGAUUGGAAGAUCUCCAUUGUUCCAUGCAGCACAUCGUGGGAAUAGCGAAGUGGUGACUUGGCUUUUGGAACAUGGAGCCUUCAUGGAUAACAAAGUUGGCAUUGAUAGUUGUUUCAAGGCUCCUACUUUCAACUUCAGCCAUUGUUUCGAUAUUGGUCGAAAUUUGCCAAUCCCAGAAUGUUGGGGAAGGACAGCACUGCACCAGGCGGUGAAGAACAAUCACUCGGAAGUGGUGAGGAUUUUGGUGGAGGCUAGGGUUAACACAAACGUAGAAGACGAGCGUGGAAUUACACCUCUGCUUUUGGCAGGAUCUACCGUAACCCAAGAAGAUCCUAAUGAAAUGUCCAAAUUCGUCCGCAUAGUCGAGUACCUGGUACAAGGGAAAGCUUCGACCAACGCCGUUCACCCUGACACAGGUACUACAGCGUUACACUAUGCUGUAACGUUGGGAAGUUUCUCAGCCACGAAAAUAUUGUUGGAUGCCGGUGCGUGGCCUCUUUAUCAAUGUAAAAGCACCGGAAGCACCCCUCUUCACCUCGCCGCCAGUAUGGGUAGCUUAGAAACUCUUUCGAUCCUCCUAGCGAACACACCUGCCACACACGUCGAUGUUUGCGAUAACAUUAAUCGAACGCCGCUUCAUAGAGCUUCUUAUCAAGGACACCGUGAAUGUAUUCAAGCAUUAAUCGAACACGGUGGUAAUCUGGCUGUCGAAACCAGAACCGGGGUCACCGUUAUCGACGCCAUAUUUGCUCACACUCCGAGGCCAGUGACGUUUCUAAACGAUAUUUUGGACUCUCGGGUGCGAAUGAACGGCCGCACGAUCGAUAGGAACUCGCAUAUCAUCGUUGACUUCAACGUACUGGCGCCGAAAGGGGAGUUGCAAAUGGGAGUUGUUACGUCCCUUAUUGCAGCAGCUUCAGACGAGGAACAAUUGACGAUACUGCAACAUCCGUUGGUGGAAACGUUUCUCUGGUUAAAGUGGUCCAAGCUGAGAGUGUUCUUCUUUAGUCUCGUUUUCAUCCACGCCCUGCUGGUCCUUUCCCUCUCUGGUUACUCUAUAGCGUUGCUGCAGCACCAGACUGAUUGUACGCUGUUAAGAAGGAUCCUCGCUUCGUGUUCGUGUGUGCUUUUCUUCCACAAUAUGGCGCAGGUGUUAAUGGUGCCAAGAUAUUACUUAAGGCAGUUCGAGACGUGGCUCUCGUUUGCAUGCGCAACGAUAUCGUUGAUGAUUUCCACAGACGGUGGCCACACGGAUGCAGUUACGAUCCAGCCAAGGGGAAAAGAAUUAAACCCCACGGAACAUCGUCCGCAGUGGGUGUUGCAUUCCAUCAGCUUGGCAAUCUUGCUUGCAUGGAUGCAAAUGAUGCUGCUAGUUGGCCGUCUCCCAACGUGCGGAUAUUACGCGCUCAUGUUCUCCACGGUACUAAAGAACAUCCUUAAGGUUCUCCUAGCGUUCGUCUGCCUGAUUGUCGGAUUCGCGUUCAGCUUCGCCGUUUUGUUCCACGGGAACGACCAGUUUCGCAAUUCCUGGAGGGCCGUCGUGAAGACCGUGGUAAUGAUGAUGGGUGAGUACGAGUACGGGGCUCUCUUCUCGGACGAGAAGAAUGGGAGUUCCUUCCUACCAGCCACGAGCAGGGUCGUGUUCCUUGCUUUCGUCAUGCUCGCUAGUAUCGUCCUGAUGAACCUGAUGAUCGGCCUCGCGGUCAAUGACAUCCAAGGCCUCGAGAAGAUGGGUCACAUUCGUCAAUUGCUGAAGCAGGCCGAAUUCGUGGGUCAUUUAGAAAGGCUGACAUCACACCGAAUCUUUCGCAGCAAUUGGCUACAUCCUCGGUUAAGUUCGCUGCUCAACUCGAGGCGCAGUAUUCCCACAAAAAUUACGUUCGGUUAUCACGAACGUUAUUUUCGUGAAUCAUCCACGGGCGUCCCGGCGAGGCUGAGGGAAACCUUGUUUCUGUUGGCUUCAAGGAACUCGCGCGACUGCAAAAGCACGGUAACGAGUGACAAGCUCAAAAACAACGACGACAACAACAAUACGGAAUUAACGGCGUUGUUGGAGGAAGUGUUGCUGCAAUUAAGGACAUCUUGUUAUUCUAGCGCAACGGGAAGGAAAUUUUCAAAACCCUUCAAUACUAAAUAAACCAAGAAAAAAUACUUACAAACUUAUAAAGUACUUUUAGAAUUUUCUUUAAAGUAUUGUUUCAUUCGAGACUGGAAUUUUAUUGUAGAACGAUGUGGCACAUGAUUUAGUCCUUGUAAUGAUGAUUUUAUACUAUUAAAAAAGUAUUUUAUUUAAAUAUAA